AUGGAGCGGCCGGCGCGGCUCUACGGGCUGUGGGCGCUGCUGUUCUGCGCCGGCGGCGGCGGGCUGGCCGCGCCCGCAGAAACUCAGCCACCUGUGACGAAUUUGAGUGUUUCUGUCGAAAACCUCUGCACAGUCACAUGGACGUGGAAUCCUCCUGAGGGAGCCAGCCCGAAUUGUAGUCUAUGGUAUCUUAGUCAUUUUGGCAACAAACAGGAUAAGAAAAUUACUCCAGAAACACAUCGUUCAGAAGAAGUGCCCCUGAAUGAGAGGAUUUGUUUACAAGUGGGAUCCCAGUGCAGCACCAAUGAAAGUGAAAAGCCUAGCAUUUUGGUGGAAAAGUGCAUCUCACCCCCUGAAGGUGAUCCUGAGUCUGCUGUUACUGAGCUACAAUGCGUUUGGCACAACCUGCGCUACAUGAAGUGUACCUGGCUCCCUGGAAGGAAUACAAGUCCUGACACUAAUUAUACUCUCUACUAUUGGCACAGCAGCUUGGGACAAAUUCUUCAGUGUGAAAACAUCUAUAGAGAAGAUCAACACAUUGCUUGUUCCUUUGCUCUGACUAAGGUGAAGGAUUCCAAUUUUGAUUCCAGUGUCCAAAUAAUGGUCAAGGACAAUGCGGGAAAAAUCAGACCAGCCUUCAGCAUAGUGCCUUCAAGUUCUCAUGUGAAACCUGAUCCUCCGCAUAUUAAAAGUCUCUCUUUCCAAAAUGGUGACUUGUAUGUGCAAUGGAAGAAUCCACAGAAUUUUUAUAGCAGAUGCUUGUCUUAUCAAGUAGAAGUCAAUAACACCCAGGCUAAGACACAUGAUAUUUUCUAUGUUGAAGAGGCCAAAUGUCAGAAUUCAGAAUUUGAAGGGAACCUAGAGGGUAUGAUUUGUUUCAUGGUCCCCGGUGUUCUUCCUGAUACUUUGAACACAGUCAGAAUAAGAGUCAAAACAAAUAAGUUAUGCUAUGAAGAUGACAAGCUCUGGAGUAAUUGGAGUCAAGCGAUGAGUAUAGGUCAAAAGGCCAAUCCAACAUUCUACAUAACCACAUUGCUCAUCAUUCCAGUCAUUGUUGCAGCUGCAAUUAUAGUCCUUCUGCUGUAUCUGAAAAGGCUCAAGAUCAUUAUAUUCCCUCCAAUUCCUGAUCCUGGCAAAAUUUUUAAAGAAAUGUUUGGAGACCAGAAUGAUGAUACCCUGCACUGGAAGAAGUACGACAUCUAUGAGAAGCAAACCAAAGAAGAAACUGACUCUGUAGUGCUGAUAGAAAGCCUGAAGAGAGCCGCUCAGUGA